AUGCUAGACACAGGCCAAGGUACACCCACUGCCGGCAGGAAUAAGGGCAAAGAGGCUUUCAAAAAUGAGAUAGUCGCGCUCAAAGCCCCUGCAUCCGCGGGACCUGAGCCACCAGCCGGGACCUCCCAGCCUUUACCGAGGACGAAGGGCCAGCUUACGCUACUGCUCGAGAGGGAGCAGAAUCGGUCUGUGGGUCAGGAACACUGA